AUGCUGACUUCUCAAUUCGUCUGUUCAGUGCUGGAGCUGUGGUCACGCUUCAGAACACUGAACGGUCAGCUGCUGGAGUCGUUGUCAUGUGUGGGACGGCCAGGGUUGUCUCAGCUGCUACUGGGCUGGCCGAAGAGAGGAAAUGGUGGAGAUCUGUCUGCGCGGCUGCGGCGGCUGCAGCACGUCCACCUGGUGCUGCAGCGUGCAGCAGAGCUGCUGCAGGCGCACGUGUCACCAGCAGUCACUUUCCACCUGAUGUACAGUGUUGUCGGCAUCAUUUAUGGUAGUUACGAGCUGCUCGUAGUGUCGGUGGCACAAAAUCGGGCAGAACGUAUGAUAAUCUCUCCAUCCACGAGUUACUCUUUGUGUUGGCUGGUUCACCAUUUGUUCGACCUGGUUGCACUGACGGUGUCUUGUUCCAUACUGGAGGACGAAGAGGUGCAGGCAUCGGUGCUGCUCCGCCGAGCUGUGGGAAUUGAAGAAACGGUUCCUCAGGUGGAGGCCUUCUUACGGCAGAUAAAGCGUGGACCGCCAAUAUGUUUCACUGCAUCUGGACUGCUGCCCAUUGACAGAAGGCUGUUGGUGUCUGCUGUUUCUGCUGCCACCACAUACCUAAUUGUACUGGGUCAGUUUGGUCUUCGCUGA